GGCAAGAAUAACCCUCCUCUUGUUACGCCCACUGAUGUCAUCAGUAACGUUGUCGGGGUCCUUUCAUCCAUGGUAACGUACCUUGAAAAGUAUGGAAGUGACACUUAAAAUGUUCUACGCUUAUCUGAAAAAAUUCUGAGGCGAGAUCUGCGUGUUAGGAAUGAUGAUUGUUUUUCCAGUUAAUUAUAUUCUUCUUUGCGGACAGGUUGUGCUAUUUCUAUGUAUCGUAUUGUUUCAUUGUACGUCGGUAAUAUACUCGCAGAACACCACGACUUCUGCCGCAAGUUUAACUGCUGGUUAUUUUCUAGCGGAGACUAGUACUGCGCAUCCUGUUUCCAACAGCAGUGCAGGGACUGGCAACAACACAUGGGACUACAAAGACCCUUUAUCACCGCUGAUUCUUUGUAGCUUCUUGCCUGAAGAGUUCAUUGAAUGUGAUGAGCCUGUUGAUCAUGCUGGAAAUGCAACAGCUCAGGCAGAAUUGGGCUAUGGAUGUGUGAAGUUCGGUGGACAGGCUUACAUUGAAGUCGAUCAUACACUUGUGCAGUGCAAGGCAUUGGAUGGAAUUGAGUGUGCAGGACCUCGAACAUUUUUGCGUGGGAAUAAACCCUGUAUUAAAUACACAGGACAUUACUUUGUGACUACUUUGCUGUACUCAUUCUUCUUGGGUUGCUUUGGCGUUGAUCGAUUUUGUUUGGGACACACUGGCACAGCGGUUGGGAAGCUGUUGACCUUGGGAGGUCUGGGCAUAUGGUGGUUUGUUGACUUGAUUCUCCUCAUCACUGGAGGGUUGAUGCCCAGUGAUGGGAGCAACUGGUGCACAUUCUACUGAAAAUGAGAGAAAACAUAAACACUGAAGACCUGAGGCAUUCCAAAUUGCAAUAGUCAUGUAUUACUGAAGAGCAGAGCUAUGGACAGCUGGGACUCCUCAUUGAUUGUAUGCUGGAUGGCUGUAUCAGAAAGGAAGCGCAUUUAUUUUCCUUUAAGUGAGAAGCACAAGUUUCAAACCAGACAAAUGUUUAUUUAACCUGGUUGAUUUCCAUUUCCAGUUAAUGGACAGUACUAGAAUUUAAUUGCUUUCAUUGCCAUUAUUUUGGAGUUUAUAAUACUUAAGUAUAAAUUUCCAAGAAAUAAAGCUGCAUUUAAUGAAGAAA